CGCCCCCGACUUGUUAGCCGUCUAGCAAUUACAGACUUUCCGCUUACUUAAUUAAAUUACGAUUGAAUUUGGUGUUUCAUUUGCUAAUUUAAUUAUAGCAGUUUAAACAAGCAGAAUUUAAUUACGGAUAAAAUAAAGUAACGACGAAGGAUCUUCUUGUAGUUGUUGAAAGAUAUUUUGUGCUGUGGAAAAUUACGGUUUCGCCAAAGAGUAGGGGGAAGGAAGGACUGAAGAAAACUGAGAAAAUAGAUAGAUAGCUAUUACUUAAUUCUGAUCGUUGGUUCUAAGCUUGGGGGUUGAUUUGAUUAAGUGACUGUGAAAUCGAGUUCGCGACUUAGCAGCUAAUUCAAUUAACGCAAGUGAAAAUAGGUGUCAAUUUGUUGAGUGGCUUUUCAACUUGUAAAUUAUAAAACCAAUUUUAUUAUUAAAAGACGUUCUUGGAAAAUCUUGUGGCAAUGCUGAAUUAUCAGAAUUUGGAGAACAACUCGUUGAUAUCUCCCUUUCUGCAGAACAUUGGGCAAAUGACUCAGUGUAUGCAGGCAUCAACUGCAGCUACCGAGAAAACAAAUGAAAGGACCUCGUUAACUAAUAAUCAAACGCUGAUGGAAGCCAAUAAUAAUGGUCACGAGUUGAGUUUGAAUUCUAACUAUAAUCGAUCAUUCGCCAACGGAUUCUUCAGUGAAUUAGGGUCGAAUUUGAUCUCUGGAGCGGUUAGUGCGAAGGACAGUGUAACCGAUGGUUGUACAGUGCUUAAAGGAUCAGAUAAUGUGAAAAGAUUUUCGGUUAAUAAUUUACUACAACUGGCAGCUGGUUAUGCAAUGAGUGAAGAAAUUGGCAGAGGAUCAGAGCAACGAACUAAUGCAAAAACUGGAGAAAGCUGCUUACAAACAACAAUCCCACCGGAAAGAACUCAUUCUUCUUCGAAAAAGCCAAGAAGAAAUCGCACAACAUUUACAAGUGGGCAACUGACUGCUCUUGAGAAAAUUUUUGAACGAACCCAUUAUCCCGAUGCCUUUGUCAGAGAAGAGUUGGCCAGCAAAGUGGGAUUAAGUGAAGCUCGAGUUCAGGUUUGGUUUCAAAACCGUCGAGCAAAGUUCCGUCGAAACGAGCGAACAUCUCACAGCACAAAAUUACACAUCCCACCCCAGCCGAUCCCGGCCCUUACCCCGAACGUGGCACAUAAAACCUAUGGCGCAUCAUUUUCAGAUAAGCAUUUAGCAGCUUCUCCUGCGUCUGCAUCAUCAUCGUUUCAUCAACAAUUGGAACUUUCACCACACUCACAUCAUCAUCACAUUUCGUCGCAUCAUCACCAUCAUCCCCCGCAUCAUGCUUACCCCCCGCCGCUAGGAUUCCCGCUGAGCGUGUUCCCGACGAAAUCGACAAAUUACAGUUGUUAUGCAAAUUCCUAUAAUAGUUUUGGAAAUGAUAUGAACACAUCAUCAUAUUUUAAUGGUUCCGGCUAUUGUUCAACAAGUUUCCAGCAUAAUUUCAAUACAUCAGCGUUACGAUAUAAGGGACAAGGGUUCUAGCCGGGGUUCCAGAUCCGGGAGUGUUUGGUGUAAUUGAAUAAUAAACUAAUUUAUUGAAUUUAAAUUAAAGAUAGAUAGUUUCGUUGUUGUAAAUAGACACUUGUGAGUUAUAGUGGUUGUAGAAGUCUGUGAAAAUAAGAUAUUCUAAUAGAGCUGGUAAAAAACAAAGAUGACCUCAUUGUUUAGUAUGAUAAGAGGGUCAGUUGGCACGGAUUGGUAGUUAACAAUAAAAAUGGCUUAUAGUUGUAGAACACAAUAAUUUCGGAGUCUGACGUAAAGCGAGGCAUUAGUCGGUCAAUUCUUAGAACGGAAACCUUUAGAAAAUUUCAUUCCAAACUUGGAAGUACUACCUUCUGUCUAGUCACAGCCUUCCAAAUAAUUAAGGGAAGCUCCCUUUUACGGUAAAUUAUGUCACUUCCUGCUUUCCAGUAAACUAUGACAGCGAAGUACCUAAGUAUCUCACUCACUCUCUAAGUUGGUCACCCAUCUAAGCAA